UAAAAAUAAAUAUAUUCUAAUUUUAGUGAAGUGAUAAUCAUUGCCCAGUUGACUUUGAUACCAGUAUUUGUAAAUCAGGUGUCAGCUACCAAUCAUAUUAGACCAUUUCAGUCCACAUUGUUUUGCCCUAUUUGUAAUUGGGAGAUCCUUGUUUUAUAAUGUAUGUACCUAAUUUAGUGUCCGUAAUGAAUAUCAUUUCGAAAACUUGUUCACUCUUGAUGUUCUCCUGGAAUGAGACCAGCUUCAGUGUCAAACAUUGACCAUCCCAGCUCUACAAGCAGAUCGGCAGCUGCCACAGUGGCAGACCUGCCCCCUAUGAUCAAGUCAUUGCUGUCAGGAUGCUUUAGUGGAACUUGUUCAGCUGUUCUCUUCCAGCCUUUGGAGGUCCUGAAAACAAGAGUACAAAACCGGCUUGUACAGUUGGAGAAACUCAAAUUCCAUGAUAGACCUGGAAAUCGUGGGAUUUUGCUUCGAGAGACUAAGGUUAUUGCAAGACAAUAUGGUUUUGCUGGAUUCUGGAGGGGACUGACUCCUAGUGGAGUAUAUAACUACAUAGGAGUGGGAGCUGCAUUGAAGGACAUAUUUGUUCAUGAGGGCAAGCGAGGCCUUUUCUCAGGUCUUGUGCCCACUCUUAUUCGAGAUGCUCCAUAUUCUGCCAUUUUUCUCCUUUUCUACACUGAGGUGAAGAAGUUAGUCCCAAGUGGACCAGGGAUUGAUGUUGAUGGUGCAUCCGUUUUGUAUUCAUUGGAGACUACUGGCAGAUCGCACCAGCCCCCAUCUUCUUCUCUUGUGGAGUAGUCGCAGCAGUCAUGUCAGCCUCAGUCACUCAGCCUGCUGAUGUCAUACGGACACAAAUGCAGCUCUACCCUGGAAAGUUCCCGCAGAUUAAAACUGCAAUCAAGCAUAUUCACAAGUUGGAGGGCUGGGAAGGCUUUUUCCGAGGAUGGGCCCCUCGAUGCAUGCGCAAGUGCUUGAUGACUGCUAUGUCCUGGACUGUCUAUGAACAGGUUAUGAGAUCCCUUGGCCUGAGAAGUUUGCCAUCCAAGCAUUGAUUCUAGUGGCUAUUCUAGUCUGAUUUUACUGAUGGAACUAGUUGACAUCAUUCAUGUGCAAUAUUGUCCCAACUUUCUAGUGCAUGCAAUGUUUUGGUUGACAUGUGAUAUGGCUUG